GAGCUGAGCGCUUCGAGCGCGCUCCGCUUGACUUCCUCUCCGCCAGCGGCCUGCUUGCCGCUUUGAGGUGAGUUGAAGAUGUCGGUUUCGGGGCUUAAAGCUGAAUUGAAGUUUUUGGAGUCAAUUUUUGACCCAAACCAUGAACGAUUCCGAGUAAUAGACUGGAAACCAGACGAACUUAGCUGCCAAUUCAACGUAACAGGAGAGAAGCUGCUGAUUAUCCACUGCAACAUCACAGAAUCCUAUCCCUCAACGCCUCCAAUAUGGUUUGUUGACUCUGAUGAUCCUAGUCUAGCUGAAGUGUUGGAGCGCUUAGAAGAUGUGAGAAAGGGCAGCACAUUGCUUCUUCAGCAAUUGAAGCACCUCAUUUGUGAUCUCUGUCGACUGUACAACCUCCCACAACAUCCAGAUGUAGAAAUGCUAGAUCAACCUCUCCCUGUUGGUCCGAUUACCCAAGAACGGAAGCAUGGACCACCAGAUGAUUUGACCUCUGAGGAGGAAGAGGAGGAAGAAAUGGCAGAGCAGGAUAUUGAAGACCUGGACCAUUAUGACAUGAAAGAGGAGGAGCCAGCAAAAGGAAAAAAGUCAGAAGAUGAUGGAAUAGAAAUGGAAAAUCUGGCCAUCUUGGAGAAAAUUCGUCAAAACCAGAGACAAGAUCACUUGAAUGGUGCAGUUUCUGGCUCUGUGCAAGCUUCACACCGCCUAAUGAAGGAACUCGGGGAAGUCUUCCGAUCACAGAGUUACAAGACAGGUAUUUAUUCAGUUGAACUGGUCAAUGAGAGCCUUUAUGAGUGGCAUGUCAAAUUAAGGAUGGUAGACCCAGAUAGUCUUUUACAUAGUGACUUGCAGGUCUUAAAAGAAAAAGAAGGUGCAGACUACAUCCUACUUAAUUUCUCUUAUAAAGAUAAUUUUCCUUUUGACCCGCCUUUUGUACGGGUAGUCUCACCCGUGCUCUCCGGAGGAUAUGUGCUAGGAGGAGGGGCCUUGUGUAUGGAACUUCUCACAAAACAGGGCUGGAGCAGUGCCUAUUCCAUAGAAUCAGUCAUUAUGCAGAUAAAUGCUACCCUGGUUAAAGGAAAAGCCAGGGUGCAGUUUGGAGCCAAUAAGAACCAGUACAAUCUUGCCAGAGCACAACAGUCAUACAAAUCUCUUGUCCAGAUACAUGAAAAGAAUGGUUGGUACACACCCCCCAAAGAGGACGGAUAAGGAUUUUCUGCCACUAUGCACUUGGAAUUACAUUGGGUCAAAGUAUCUUGUCUUUAUAUUGUUUAUAGAGUUACAUUUCCUUCCUUUGAAGAACUGGGAUUAUAUCAUCUUUCUCACGGAAACCAACUGACAAAUUUCAUCCACCUUGUUGGUUUAUCUGACAAGUAUUUCUUUGUUCCACUCUGGGCAGGACUUUAUUCUGAUGUCACUUUGUUUCUCCCUUUAGAGUUUGAGUGAAGAGGAGUGACAUUUCUUGAAAUAUCCUCUUAACUUAAAAAAAAAAAAUAAUACUAAUAAUCCAUCCUAAAUUAUGUUUUUGAUUUUGCUGCUUUGACAAUGUGGGCUUCACCAUCAGAGUCUUCAGAUGGUGACUUUUAAAAGAUUAAUAUUGAAGCUCUUGAAGUGGCACCUCGGAUUAACUGUUUUUAUUGACUUUUUUUGUUAACUGGUACAAGAUGCAAAUACUGUUUUAGAAAUAGUAUUUGCCAGUUGUUUUAUGCUUUGAGCAUCCUUACAAUAAAUUAACCAGUGUCAUAUUU